UCUUUCAUUUCGGCUCUAGUCUAGUCUAGUGGCAAACACACGAAACCCGCAGAAGAGGCGACGUUGGGAGGCGUUCCGUAAGGUGUCUAGUGUGUCGAGCCGCUAGGAGGAGGGACAGGGUUGUUUCUGUUUUUGCAGUCUUGCUCUCAAGCAGCGUUUAUUGCUUUUCUUCUUGCGGCUUGCGUGCCUUCCGCAGCCAGUGGAGGAAGCGUAUUCGCAGACCUUGAGCCAUGGCGUCCACGUCGGCUUUCAAGUUCCUAAGCCAGCUCCCUGCGCCUAAGAACAAGAGCGUCUAUGACCCUUCUACUGACGCCUGGUUCGCGAAUCGGGAUAAGGAUGCGGAAUCCGGAGCACCAGCAGCAGCUGGCGGUAAAAUAGUACCUAAACGUCAGAUUCCUCCGUACGGCAAGAGGCAAGGCUUCGUUCCGCGACGCGUCGAGGACUUCGGCGAUGGCGGCGCGUUUCCCGAGAUCCACGUGGCGCAGUAUCCCCUCGAGAUGGGUCGCAAGCAGGAGAAGGUUACCAACAAGGUGCUUCCUGUGACUGUAGACGGGGAGGGUAAUAUCGCGUACGACGCUAUCGUGAAGCUCGGAGAGAAUUCCCAGAAAGUGGUGUACAGCCAGCACAAAGAUCUUAUCCCGAAGAUCCAGGACGAAGAUCUCGAAGCGCUAAGGGAGGAGGAGGACGAGGACGAAGCUAAGGAAACCGCGGAGCGAACCAGGGCAGCCAUUGAUAAGAUCGUCACGGCACGCCUCAGCGCUGCGCAGCCGAAGAACGUCCCAGGGAUUUCCAAGACACCGCAGUAUAUUAAGUACACUCCCGGGAUGCAGAAUUCGGCGCAUAACUCCGGCGCGAAGGAGCGGGUUAUCCGUAUGGUCGAGAUGCCGGUAGAUCCGCUAGACCCGCCUAAGUUCAAGCAUAAGCGUGUCCCUAAAGCGUCGGGUUCCCCGCCUGUUCCGGUGAUGCACUCGCCGCCUCGGCCUGUGACGGUUAAGGACCAGCAGGAUUGGAAGAUUCCUCCCUGCAUUUCCAACUGGAAGAAUCCCAAGGGGUACACUAUUCCCUUGGAUAAGCGCCUGGCUGCCGACGGUCGCGGGCUUCAGGAGGUGCAGAUUAACGACAACUUCGCGCGGCUGUCCGAGUCGCUAUACGUGGCGGAGAAUAAGGCGCGCGAGGAGGUUGAGAUGCGGUCUAAGAUCCAGCGCGAGCGGAUGCUGCUGGAGAAGGAGAAGAAGGAGCAGGAGCUCCGCCUGCUCGCGCAGAAGGCGCGCAUGGAGCGCGCAGGCGGAGGCACCGGCGCAGGCGGAGGCGGAGGUCCUGGCGCAGGCGCGCUGGUUUCCCGCGAGGCGGCUGCUGCAGGCGGAGGGGAGGGGGGGUACGGGCGCGCGGAAGGGGACGAGCCCCGGCGCGGGGAGACGCGGGAGGAGCGGGAGGAGCGGAUGCGGCGGGAGGAGCUUCGGGAGGAGCGGCGCAGGGAGCGGGAGCGGGAGCGGCGGCUGGAGUCCAAGGAGGGCGCGGGCGGCGGAAAGAAGAGCAAGCUCACGCGCGACCGGGACCGCGACAUCAGCGAGAAAAUGGCGCUCGGGUUGGCGAAUGUCGGAGCGGGCGGCGGCGGCGGGGAGAUUAUGUACGACCAGCGGCUGUUUAACCAGGAGCAGGGUAUGGAGUCCGGCUUUGCCGCGGACGAUACGUAUAAUAUCUAUGAUAAGGGCCUGUUUAAUCGUGAGGGCGCGAGCGGGCUGUAUAAGGUGCGCAAGGGGGUGGAUGAGGAGGUGUACGCGGGGAGGGGCGGCGCGCAGGGGGAGGAGGGCGGAGUGGAUGCGCUGCUGCGCACGGAGCGGUUCAAGCCGGAUAAGGGCUUCGCGGGGGCGGCGGAACGGGGCGCGGGCGGAGGCGGGGGCGCGGGGCCUAGGGACGGGCCGGUGGAAUUCGAGCGGGAUGCGGCGGUUGAGGCGGAUCCGUUCGGGCUGGAUCAGUUUUUGACGCAGGUGAAGACGGGCAAGAAGGCGAUGGAUAAGGUGGGCGCUGGGGGGACGAUGCGCGCGAGCGGCGGGGGGGGCAGCUACGACGCGUACGAGGGGGGGAGCUCGAGGAACCGGGUCGAUUUUGAGAGGGGAAGGUGAGCGGAUGGGGAGGAAAGAGGAGGGGAAGCAGCCAGGGAGGAGGGAGAGUGAAUGGGGGGAGUGAGGAGGGGAAGAAGCAGGGGGGAAGGGAGAGGGACUCAGGGCGGUUGAGGCGGAUCCGUUUGGGCUGAACCAGUUCUUAGGGCAGGAGAAGACGGGGAAGAAGGCGAUGGGUAAGGUGGGCGGGGGGGCACCAUGCGUGCAAGCUGCGGUUGAGGCGGAGCCGUGUGGGCUGGACCAGGUCAUAGGGCAGGAGAAGACGGGGAAGCAGUGGAUGGAUAUGGUGGGCGCUGAGGGGAGGAGCGAAGGGAGAUGGGAGGAGAGUUGUGGGAUGAGGAAAGGGGGGGAGAUGGUGAGAGAGGAGGGAGGACACGGGGGGGUGGGGAAAGUCGAGCCCAAGGGGGCGCAUUUGAUUGGUGAUGCUGCUUAUGCUUGCGCUGCAAUUUGAUUCCUAACUUCAAAACCCAAGACGCCUGUAUGCCUGCUGCUAGCUGUUGACUGCUGCUGGCUAGCUGGCUGUUCUGCCUUUGUUCUUGUGACAUUUCAGCUUGAUACCGGUAAUCCGU